CAAGCAAGCAACAAGUCAAAGGCAAAACCAGCCCGCUCAACGCCAAGAUGCCCCUCCUCCGCAUGACCAGCAGCAUCCUCAAGGCCACCGUGGACACCCCCACGGCGCUCAACGCAGUCGCCAAGUCACUCUCGGCCACCCUCGCCGCCAGCAUCCACCCGCACCAGCAGCGCCGGCCCAAGGAGCAGCUCACGGACCGCCGCGUGCCCGAGCCGACCCGCAGUGUCCCCACCAAGAGCACUGUGCGUCCCUAAGCCUGACAACCAGCUCACCGUGUACAACAUACCCAAACGUCAAGUACAGCAGCACCCCCACGACAUGGCUGCCCUCGGUUUAUUAGCAAAAAAGUAAUGUACGCAAUACAUGACACUACCCUUUGAGUAUAAGU